CUCCCUUCUUCCUGUUUGAGUUCUGCAGCUGGAAAAAAAAUGGCAGCUGAAACAGGCAAAUACAGGAGUGCUGUGAGCAAAAACAAAGACCCUUCUGGUCUUCUUAUCUCUGUUAUAAGGACUCUGUCCAGCAGCGAUGAUGUGCAGGACAGAGAGACAGAGAAGGGUCGUCUGGAAGAGGCCUUUGAAACCUGCGAUAGAGAUUUGGAUAAACUGAUUGUUCAGCAUUACGCUGAACUCACCACUGCCAUCCGGACCUACCAGAGCAUCACAGAGCGCAUCACCAGCUCCCGCAAUAAGAUAAAACAGGUGAAGGAGAACCUACUGUCUUGCAAAAUGCUUCUCCACUGUAAGAGAGAUGAACUGAGGAAGCUGUGGAUAGAAGGCAUUGAACACAAGCACGUUCUCCAGCUGCUGGAUGAAAUUGAAAGCAUCAAACAGGUUCCUCAGCGCCUCGAGACCUAUAUGGCGAGCAAGCACUACCUUCACGCCACUGACAUGUUGGUGACGGCCGUGGAGUCCCUGGAAGGCCCCUUGUUUCAGGUUGAGGGGCUCGGAGAUCUUCGGCUGGAGCUCAAAAACAAGAAGCUCAACAUCCACUUGGUGCUCAUCGACGAGCUGCACCGUCACCUCUACAUCAAGUCCACCAGUCGCCUCGGACACAAGAACAAGGACAAAAACGCCUCUCGCCUUCCGGGGUCCUUGACUAAAGAUAUAUCUCCGAUGCCUGUUUUGGAAGUGAGCGGCUUGUCAACUCCACGCAAGCUUCUGGACUCUUCACAGUUCAGCACACCUGGAUCCAGCAGUGUGCGCGAGCUGCAGCAGGACAUUCGUGAUCUGAGUCAAGCGGACCUUUCUGAAGUGGAUCCAGAGGAAAACAGCGCUGAGUUCAUGGGAAUACUCAUCAAGGCCCUUGCAAAACUGAAGAAACUUCCUGAUACCACUAAAGCCAUAAUGGAGCGACUGGAGCCCGAGCUGAAACAGAUCGUCAAGAGAUCCACCACUCAGAUAGCGGAUCACGCUUACCAGAGAGGAGAAAACCUGGCGCAGGAGAGCCAGCCGAGGCUGCUGUUGGAACUGCUGGAGCUUCUGUUUGACAAGUUCAAGGCAGUUGCCCAGGCUCACAGUGUGGUGCUGGCCCACAUGCAGCAGAUUGCUGCACACGCUCCAGGUGUGACCCAUGAGGAGAAGAUCAAGCUCUACGAGCAGGCUGAUGUGUCUGCCAAGAUCCAGGCAGUGCUGCAGGUUCUGCUGAUGGAGUAUCUGGAUGUGAAGAACAGCCGUAGUUCCACCGAGCAGUCGGCUCAGCUCUCCUAUGCCAGCACCGGCAGUGAGUUUGCCGCCUUCUUCGCCAAGAAAAGACCCCAGCGUGCCAAACAGUCACUGUUCAAGUUUGAGUCAUCGUCCCACGCAAUCAGCAUGAGUGCCUACCUGAGGGAACAAAGACGAGAACUCUACAGCAAAAGCGGAGAGUUACAAGGUGGUGCUGAUGACAACCUGAUCGAAGGUGGAGAAAUGAAGUUUGUGUGUAAGCCGGGAGCGAGGAACAUCACCGUGAUCUUCCAGCCUCUUUUAAGAUUCAUCCAGGAGAUAGAGAUGAACAUGGGACCCAGCCAAGCCAAGCAGUGCCAGCUCAGAACUUUCCUCACCUACUACAUUAACGACCUUUUCCUUAACCAGGUGCGGACCGAGAUCAACAAGGAAAUCGAAGCGGUCAGUAAGGCUGCUGACCCCUUGAAAAUUCUUGCUAGCGCUGAUACGAUGAAGCUCCUCAGCGUCCAGAGACCUCUGCUUCAGAGCACUGUAGUUGUGGAAAAGUCCAUCCAGGACCUCAUGAGCCUGAUGCAGGAUCUGAGCGCGUACUCCAACCAGUUCCUGGAGAUGGUCUGUGACAAGCUCAAAGAAUACAAGGAGAUCUGCAACACAGCCUAUAGGGGUAUAGUCCAGUGCGAGGAAAAACUAACCAUCAGCUCUUCCUGGGCUAAAGAUGAGGACAUCAGUCGCCUCCUCCAGUCCCUUCCAAACUGGACAAAUAUGGCGCAACCCAGACAGACGAGACAGAAGAGGGAAGACGAAGAGGAUUUUACACGCGCUGCUUUUGCUAAGGAGUCGGAGGUGCUGACGGGGAAUCUGGGAGACAAAUUGAUCCCCCAAAACGAGAUCCUGCGAGACGUCAGCGACCUCAAGGCUCUGGCCAACCUUCAUGAGAGCAUGGAGUGGCUCGCUGGUCGCCUGAGGUCGUUCUUCACCAACCUGCCUCAGAUGUCCAGUGCCUGUCCAUCCACUGCAGACAGCCAGGUGCUUGGUGAGAGCGAACGUAGCAGGGAGCAGAUUCUCCAGACUCUGAGCGAUUUGUCUCGGGGCUUCCAGGAUAUCGCCGAUCGUUGUCUGCUGGUGUUACACCUGGAGGUCAGGGUACACUGUUUCCAUUACCUGAUCCCCCUCACCAAGCAGGGGAACUAUGCUAUUGUGGCCAACGUGGAAAGCAUGGACUACGACCCCCUGGUGGUCAAACUGAAUAAGGACAUCUCAGCCAUUGAAGAAGCCAUGGGAGCCGCCUUGCAGCAGCACAAGUUUCAGUAUAUAUUUGAAGGUCUUGGUCAUCUCAUUUCCUGCAUUCUAAUCAAUGGGGCCCAAUACUUUAAGAGAAUCAGUGAGUCUGGCAUCAAAAAGAUGUGCAGAAACAUCUUUGUCCUUCAACAGAACCUCACCAACAUCACCAUGUCCAGAGAGGCUGACCUCGACUUUGCCAGGCAGUACUAUGAGAUGCUGUACAACACUCCAGAUGAGUUGCUGAACCUGGUCGUGGACCAGGGCGUUCGCUACACAGAGCUCGAGUACAUCAACGCCCUGUCUCUGCUCCACCGCAGUCAGACGGGCGUAGGGGACAUGAGCACCCAGAACGUCCGUCUGCAGAGGCUGAAGGAGAUCAUCUGCGAGCAGGCUGCCAUCAAGCAGGCCUCCAAGGACAAAAAGAUCACCACAGUGUAGCAAGAAAACAGAGGGGAUUACGUUGCCUAGCAUUUUUGUGUUUUGUUACUGUUUCAUGGGAUCUCUUAGAGAGUAAAGAUUGCUUCAGACAUGA